GGGCGCUCAGUUGCUAGGGCCGCGCUGUUGCUAGGGCCGCUGUCGAACGCAGUGGCGGUAAUCGCUGCCCUCUUGGCCCGCGGCCGCCUUACCCGGGCUGAGGAGAUGGUGAAGCUGGCUGCCAAGUGUCUCCUGGCAGGAGAUCCGGCUGUGGGGAAGAGUGCUUUAGCCCAGAUGUUCCACAGUGAUGGGGCUCAUUUUCAGAAGAACUACACACUGACAGCGGGCAUAGAACUAUUGGUGAAGGUUGUAUCAGUUCCAGAGACAAGUGAUAGUGUGGAAUUCUUCAUUUUUGACUCUGCAGGAAAAGAUCUAUUUUCUGAAAUGCUGGAGAAACUGUGGGAGCAACCCAAUGUCUUGUGCCUUGUGUAUGAUGUCACUAAUGAGCAAUCUUUCAACAACUGUGCCAAGUGGUUAGAGAAGUUGAGGGCUCAAGCAGUUGGAAUGCACGUCCCAGGUGUCUUAGUGGGGAAUAAAACAGACCUGGGUGGUCGUCGAGUUGUGGAGCAGAAAGAGGCACAUGAGUGGGCUGAGAAGCAUGGUCUGGAAUACUGUGAGAUGUCAGUGAAGGAGAUGAAAAAUUUUGAGGCCCCUUUCCACAUCCUGGCAAAGUCAUUCCACCAACUCUACAAAGAGAAAGUGGAAACUUUUCACUCACUAGCUUGAGGGCUGUGACUGGCACAACUUAUUUAUCCUCUAAGCUUCAUCUGGUUGCCAGAAUCCUGCAGGAUGGAAAUCAGAGAGAAGAAAAAAGAUGAGCUAUUUGCUUCCUCCUGGUCAUCUUCAUAUGAAAUAAAAUAGAAAUAAGCAAGUGGGAAGACUGUCUUCUGAACUUGCUCCCUCAGCAUUCCUUUCAUGUCCUCUAGCUUGGUUCUCUGCUCACUGAAACUCUGCUGGAUUGGAGGAGAUGGAGAGUAAAAGAGGAGAGCAGAAUGGAAACUGCCAGCUUUUUGCUUUGAUAUUGUCUUGUCUUUUGUCUGAACAGACUUCCUGCUGCUACAAGCAAGGGUGUAGAGGGCUGGAGAAGGAGAGAGGAAGCUGACAGGAUGUUUUUCAACAUAAGCAAGCCAACAUUGAUAGGUACAUUGUAGGGCAGAACUGAUUUGUCCCUGCUGCUGAAAAGCGUUUUCAGUAGGAGGACUGUGCCCUGAAAUCAACACAUGGAGACCAAGAUGCGUGGGGACUGAGCUGGACUUGGUGUGUUUCUAGGAGUAUCCAGAGUUUGAGGCCUGUUUUAACAGUGUUACCCUUAUCGGUUAAAGAGCAGAUAUGCUGAUGACUAAAACAUUUCCUGACUUCUGGAAUCUCGUUCUUUUCUUCAACGUGGCUCAAUUUCAUUGCCUGAUGGGAGCUGUCUUUCAUCUGUACUGCGGUCACUUGGUAACGCAGUGCCCUCUGCUGGUGACAGGUCACAGAAUUUCUCGAGAAGCCACCUCUCCUGAAGCGAGCAGGGCUUCUUACAGACACAUCCAAAUUAGCUUUCCUGCAACAUGGGGUCAGAUAGCAUCAAUAUUGCUUUUAUUCUAAAGACAAGUCCAAAAUUUAAAACAUUAAAAGUUAAAGCAUUUAAUCUUUUCUUCUUCAAUCUCGUUGUCAUCUUAUGUGGUUUUGUGUCAUUUUUCUUUUGUCAGAUGAACUUGGCAAUUCCAUGUUCUCUUUAGGUUCAGUUCUCAGUCAUUUGCUAGAAUCAGAGCCCUAAACUUUUCAAGCUCAUCCUUGAAUUUUGGGUUGAAGACCAUGAUUCUGGUGUUGCUAGUGGAAAUGGAACUAAGGAGAUGAAAGGCAUCAUGGCUAAGAUACUCUGACUCAGCCCUGUCUGGCUAAAAGUUUAGUAUCUGAUGGGGUAAAAACAACUUAGAGCAAGUUGCUUUUUUGUGGGAAGCACUGAUUCUGCAGAUGUAAGAGUGUGUUUGCUAAGGCAGGAUGGGAGAGCAUCCAUGCUGAGGUACUGCCUUGUAACCAAGCCUAACAAUGAGAAGUUCAAAACUGCAACCUUUUUCUUCUCUCAGGUUAUGUUAGUCUUCCUUGGGCCAGGGAAAACGAAUUUUGUAGAAAGUGAUUUUUCAGGCAAGCUUUUCAGGAAUCUGUGUUUCAAGAUUUUUAUAUUUUUUUACUUUUAUAUAACCAUUUUUAUGCCCAGUGCUAGGAAAAGUACGUUGGAUUGAACACAGGAAAUAUGGCUGCAGAUGUAGCAGAGUUUAUGAAGCACUUCAAGAAUCUAGAGAAGCAGCUGGGCUCAUUUCACUGGCAACGCUUUGUGGAUGCUGGGAAUUAGCUAGGGAGCAUGAAUACCAGCUAAGGAGGUUAAGUAAGGAGCUCAGCCCACAAGAAAAGAAAAUGAGUAUGUCUUUUUGCUAAAAAUCACCUAAAAAAAAAAGAUAGAACUAUCUGGAAAAGCUCUUCCUUCCUCCAAAGAAGGAAGAACUCCAUGGGCUUAGGGUAACUAGAAGACUUUUUAAUUGGAUUAGCAUUACUGGCAUUUAUAUCUUAUAUGAGUUGUCUGGUUAAUCCUUGGGGGUGUCUGUUGAUCUACAUGGGCUGAAUAGAGUCUUGCCUGCAGGUGCUGGUACCUCUGACUAUCAGGAAUAAAAAUUAUUUUAGAUGCUGUGCUGAUCUAGUUAAAGAACUAAAGGUUUGGUUUGAUUUGGUAGCUCAUUUGCCCUUGGUUCAACACAAGAGAGGGAUUUUUUCAUACUGAAAAUAGUGUGCCAGAUGUGUGUGCCACCUGUGACACGGUGUAUGGAGGGGAUGUACAUUUUGGGAAUGGGUGGUAGAAUUAAUCCUCUGCAGUCUUUAACUACGGAGCUCAAUCUCUCUGCACUGCAAGGACCUCCCAUAUCUUCAGUCUAAAUGCACCAGUAAGAUGAAGACUAGUGAACACUGUUUGAUUAAAUGAAUGCAAAAGAUGGAGGAUCUCAUUAAGGGAAUGCUUGCAGUGGUGAUUUGUGACUUAUAGGGAAGCUACUUUUGAGAGGUUAGUGAAGAAAAAUGCAUCCCAUGCAGGGAAAGAUGUAUUGCCUGGGAGAGGAAGUGUAUGAUCUAAUUAGGUAGCAGUAGGGAUUCACCCACUGCCCCUUUCCCUCUUUCCACAGGCCAUGACUAGAAAUAGAAAAGAGAUAGUGUCUGAAGCAUGUUGCUCAACUUGCUUUUUACAGGACUAAUGUAGACACAAUUUCAUGUCCUUCAAAAGUGUAUGUUUGUCAAAAACCAUCUAAGUCCUUCCAAAUGCAUUUUAAAAGCAUUUUGUUGUCCUUCCUGGCUAAUGUGCUGUAUAAUACCAGCAUGAUGCAAGUGAUGCUUGUUGCUCUUAUCAUUGCUUAUUUGUGGCCUUGGUUGUAGAGGCCAGGAGUGAAGAGUGGGUAGAGAGCAUGGGAGUUAGGUAUGGGAAGGCUGUGGAAAAUAGUUUUGUGCCUCUGUGAAGGAGCUUAAGGUACUGAAGAGGUGAGCUGGACCAAAAGGAUGAGUAAGAGUCUAAAGUCAUUACUAAGUUUCUCUUACUGUGCUCAGGAGCUGUUGCAGUCAUGUCUGCAGGGUGAGGAUAUAUCUUUGCUGCUUACAGCCUUAGCAUCACUCUGAAUUACAGACACAGUGGAGAGCAGUGGGUGGAAGGCAGAAAGCCUGUGUGCUGACCAGGAAGCUUCUUGUCUUCUUACAGCUCCCCUGCUUUGUCCAGCUGUGCAGUGCUGCUGGUGCUCAGCAUGGGUGUUUACAAUCCAGAAGAGACCCAGCUCAACCAGAACUGAAAUUUCAAAAGAAGGGGAGGGAAACAAACAGGCUUUUAACCACUUUAAAAAAUAUAUAGUCCUUCUUUUUUUCUUGCUUGCUUGUUUGAUAAGACAAAAACAUUCUUCCCUCUUUGGAGUCCCUCCUUACCCUUCCUUUGCUCCUCAUGGUUCUGCUGCACAGAAUUCCUGUUCUCCUUGUGCCCUACUUUACUUAGCUUGAUACAUCACCAACUGAUUUUUUUUUUAUCCUUCUAAUUUCUGCACUAUAUUCCCAAGGCUGCAAGACAUUUCUUCUUAGAGAGAUUAACAGAUGAAAGAAAACAAAAGUGGAAUUUUUAGUCAUAUUGUCUUGGAAGAAAGAACCUUAAGAAGCUGACUGACACUGAAAUUUUACUGGAAAUUCAUUUGUGUACAGCUGUCAUAUUAAAGGUGCUUUAAUAGUUUUGUUUUGUCUUGACAGACAUAUUCUACUGUGGAGUGAAAUGCAGAAAGAUCAGAUUUUAUUGUGGGAGUUAAUAGGAGUUUCAAAGCCGAUCAUACUGUGGCAAGAUCUGUUCAGUCUUAACAAUGGAGUGGUCACUGCUGUUCAUAAUAAAGCAUUAAAUACACUGAAA